ACAGAAGAAGUGGAUUGCCCCACACAUAUCGAAGAGGUUACUUACACCUGAGAGAGACCAGUAGUAGAGGAACCGAGCCGAUCCCGAACUCAGCAGGAGAAUGAGAACCUCCUGACUGGUUGUUGGGUUUUAACGCGUCGAUCCCCCGGAAAGGAGUCCGUCAUGAUCGCCGUUUUCCUGGUUUGUCUCCUGUCGGAGAUCCGCAGCAGCGCUGCGGAGGCAGAGCUGCCCCCCCCACAAGACCUGACCAUGCUGGCCAUCAACACCAAUUACACUUUAAGGUGGAACUAUGCACAGAGCGCCGCCAUGCCCAACCAGGUCACCUUCACCACAGAGUUUAUGCCAACUUUCCUGCUUGUAAACAAAAAGAAGCCCCAUGUUUGGAGAACGGCGUGUAAGGAGUCACCAGAGCAAACCUGUGACCUUACCAACUUGGACUUGUAUUAUUAUACCAUUUUCAAACUGCGGGUGCGAGCCAGUGCCAACGGCAUUCAUUCUCCUUGGGCGGUAAUGGACUUCUGCCCUGAAACAGAUGCCGGGAUCGGCCCUCCCUCCUCCGUGAAUCUGGCUCCUGCUGGAAGUAACUUGGAGGUUGUCAUUGUUGACCCCUUGACCAGUGCCAACAGCUCCAUGAGGGAAUACAUAAAGGACUUGAAGUACAACAUUCUUUACUGGGAACAGGAUGGAGAUGAGCAGGCUUUGGUCACCAAGACCAUCUCCGUCAAUUCAAAUGUGGUGGCUCUACCAGACCUGAAGCCUUUCACCUGGUACUGUGUCAAGGUCCAGUCGUACACCGAAUACGACAACAAGAACAGCAGCUUCACCUCACCGGUCUGCAUGAAUACUGAUGGACAUCCUCCUUGCUGGCAGAUCAUCCUCAUCUUCCUGGCUUUCCUGGUUAUCGUCGCCCCUCUCGUGGUGCUUUUGAUUGUCGGCUCCUUCAAGUGCAGCAGAAUUUUGAAGUCUAUGCUUCACCCUCAGCUGCCCUCCUUCCUUUUAUUUGAGUCUCUCCGUGACCCGAUAACCUCGAAAGGUCCCCAGCUCAUCCCGGCGAAUGUGGACUCAGAGCAGCUGUGGGACGUGGCAGUCUGCAUGAAGUCCCCUAAGCUGGAAAGGCUCAGCCUGGUUAAGGAGUUGGCAGCACCCCCUUCAGGCCAGAACCUAGACACCAGACUCCUCCGUCAGACCAGCAGCGGCAGCACCGACUCUGGAGUUUACUCCACAGGCGGCACAUCCGGCAACGGCGCUCCAGACGGCGUCAACAGAGCCGUAGACUUUCUGCCGGUGAAACUCAAGGACAAAGAGGCGGGGCUUAACAGCUGCCUCAUUGCUGCAGAUGAAGGCAUCAAUGAAAUGUGAGGAGGAAACUUGUAAGUUUUCCGUGGCAAACAGAAGAACAAAGGUAGUGACAAAUACUGUUUAAGAUGAAGCACCUCCCUGAUCCCAGAAUGCACUGCUUCGGCCAGAGUCCGAUAUGAAUUUGAGCAUUUAGCAUUAGAAACAUCACAUGUAUUGACGUGACUGACAAAAGCUUCAGGCGGAUGAGAAACUCCAGUUUACCCACAAGUCCUUCUGAACUGCUCCAUGAAGCGAUCGGGAAUCAGGAAAAGUCUGAUGGAUCUGAAACUGAAACCAAACACAAACUCAGCUGCUGGCAUGGUGUCGGCAGCAUCAUGGUGUGGGGAUACCGUGCUGCAGGAAGAUCUGAGGAGCUUCAAAGAAUGAAUGGGGGGAAGAACUGCACCAGUCGAAUAAUCAUCUGCACACAUUUCGAUAAAAUCAUGCUUUCAUUUGUCUUCCGAUCGACAAAAUUGAUUUCUUUAUCAAAUUCAACCAAGAUCAGUUAAAAACUGUUUCAUUCCAGCGAAUCAGAAACAGGUUUUGAGUUCUCUGUAAACCAAAUACAAACUCCUGUUUGAACAUCUUCCAGUUUUUUAGUUGCAGUCACGAUGGAAGAAAAGAAAAGACCCAGUAAUGCAACUUUUCUGCUUUCAGACGCAUUUUUCACAACGCAGUUAAGCUAGAUGCACGUUCAAGAACACACAUUGAUUGGAUGCAUUUUUAGCACCAGUGUUCACACCGCAGUGUCACUACUUGACACUAGCGCAUGUACCUUAGAGACUUGUUCCAAAAUGUUGCUCCAUGCGUUUUAUUUUACAGCUCUACUCUGAUAUAUUAAAGACUUAUAAUUCCAGCUGGAACAAACUAUUAUUCAUUUCUCCUUCAUGAUCUCUUUACUAACAGUUGACACUUCAGUGUAUUGAAAAGGACACUACCCUUUCAUUAUCCGAGUCUCUGAUUGGUCAAAGUUCAACUGGUAUAACUUUUAUUGCGUGUUUUGUACAUAGAAAACUGUCUUAAAUAGCGGAACCCUUCAAAUACUCACGUUUGCAUCAACUUUUCAUUGGAAGUGGCUGCCUGAACGCUCGUUUCUGAACCUGGUGGGAACGUAGCAUCAGGCUAGCUUUGCUGCUCUUCCUCACAUCAUCCUCAUGUUGAUCUUCAUCUCACUAUGUUUGCUCCUCCACUUCAGUGUCUCUCUCCUUUUCUUCAGCAGGCCUGAUAGACAAACACCAUGCAUGAAUGUAGGGGUUUUUUGCUUUGUACAUGUAAAUGAAGUUUCCCUUUUUCCGGCGCUGGCGAAAACCUUUCUGUCUGUCAUUUUAACACGUUUGUAAAAAUCAGAAGAUGAAAUUUAAAUUUUGUGUUAUUUAAAUGUUUGUUUCUUUUUUGGAUGGAUACUUUAUUGCUUUAUUCUGAAGGGUUAUGUCACAAAAAAAACAGAAUACCUUCCAGCGCUCCACUUUCUCACGAAACUCAGAAAGUGCACUUUGAGAAGAUGUUUCAUUUCAUCUAAAUGGAAAAGAAGUCAUAUAUUUCCUUGUUAUCUCCUCAGGGACACAUUAGUGUUUUUUCUGUAAAAGAAACUGAGAAAAUCCGGCGCAUCGAUCUUUACUCUAUUCAGCCAAUCGUUACAGUCACCACUAAUGGAUCACUUGAUCAUCUUCUGGACCUGGUUCUUCUCUGUUCAUGUUUUAUAAAUGUUGUAUGAUUAUUAUUUAGCACUUCCUGUUAAUUUUGUAAAAAUGUUUCUGCAUCAAUGAAUAAAAAACCUGAGCCAGCCUGUGAGUGUUUACGCUUAUU